AUGCUCAAUACACAAUUCAACACCAAGUCGAGUCUUUGGACUCCACAUUGCGGCAUCAUACCACUUAACACCAAUUAUACACUUCAACACAUCUCAGAAGGCAUUGAUAGCGGUCGUUUUAUUUUGGCCUCCCUUCACCUUACUCGAGAUGUAGAACUUUUAGCAACAACACCACCAAUAGCAACUCUACUCAACAUUUACGGUCGAGCGUCAGCUCACACCGAACGCACAGCAUUUUAUUCAGAAUUACUUGAUAUACCAAUUGUCAAGGACACUAUCACUAACACAACAAACACUAUCUUUAUAAUGGGCGAUUUCAACUAUCAAUACAAGGAUCGGCGAACUGAUGGCUCUCUCAUCAGUGCACCUGUGAAAUGGACUGAUCUUUUGGAUGAUUAUUACAUUGAUGUAUUUGGGGAUGACAAGCACGACACCUGGCAUAGUGGCAGAAAUGCUGGGAUUUUGGAUUAUAUCUUUUGUAGCUCCAAUGCUCAUCAUCUUGUAGCUAGUACUAGUCAACAAUACCUCUCUCCGGAGUGGACUGAUCAUGAGCUUUUGGGGUUCUCCUAUCAAUUUCAAGAUUCCAAUGGUCGUGGCCCUGGUGUCUGGAAGGCUAAUCCCUACUUGGCUCGCAACAAAGAUUUUCGCAAGGCACUGGCGGAAUUCCUCAUUGACAGUGAGGAACAAAGAGCAGGUAUCAAGCGGUUUACAUCUCCCCAACAACAAUGGGUUUGGAUCAAAGCAGAGGCCAAGUUAUUCAUCAAGCAGUAUCAAGUUGAGGAUUUGAACUGGAGGAAGAAACAACUACAUCAACUGCUUUCAAAGAGGAACAAGAUGAUGAGACAUAAGAAGCAUCGAGGAUUGAUAUUUCAGGGAUUGGACUCCAUCAACCAGCAAAUUCAGUCCCUGCAGCACUCAAUUGCAGAAAUAGAAAUCUUGAAGGCAGGCAAGUUCUAUCGUGAACAUGGUGAGAAAUCACCCGGAUUCCUCAAGCGCUCUGCGGUGUCUCGAGAGAACCGUCGGUCCAUUGUGGCGCUGCGAGAUCCCUCUACGGGUUCAAUGUGUCAGGCACAGGAUGGCAUAUCUGCCAUUGCAAAUAAUUUUUACACUGCAUUAUUCACACCAGAGGCUCUAGAUUCAACAGCACUCAGUACCAUGAUUCGAAGCAUCCCUCAGCACUUAAAGAUCACCAGCGAACAACAGGAGGAACUGAUGUUGCCGAUUGAUGUGGACAAGCUCUUGGCCGACAGCAAACACACUCGACGCCUUAGCAGCCCUGGCCCGGAUGGCUUGCCAUAUGAGAUUUUGUACCUGAUCAUGAAAUUCCCACCAUUUCAUUCACUCAUCAACCUAGUCUACAAUGAAGCACUGGCGAAGAUUAAGUUUCCGCCAUCUUGGAACAAAUCUGUCAUGUGUUUGCUCUACAAGAAGGGUGAUCCGGCUGAAAUGAAGAACUACCGUCCUCUGUCUCUGGCCAAUUCGGAUUACAAGCUGUUCACUCGCAACAUCAAUCGUCGUAUCAUGGCUGUCUUUUCUCAAUUGAUUAGUCACCAUCAGCUUGGAUUUAUUCCUGGACGCUUUAUUACUGAAAAUGGCAUGAUCUGUCAACUGAUCAUGGAAGAUGCUCAAAGGAAAUGGACAAUUGCGGAGCAACAAGAUGACGACCCCACCUUUCGCAACUUGGAUGCUGAUAACGGUCUUUUGUUGGAUCAAGAAAAGGCCUACGAUCGUGUGAAUUUGGACUAUCUCAAGAAAGUCUUGACAAAGUUUGGGUUUCCUCGUCCCCUCAUCAAGUGCAUAUACAAACUGAUGGGCAACAAUCUUAUACGGAUUAAUCUGAAUGGUCAUAUGUCAACAGAGGUUGCCAAGCUGCGUGGACUUAGGCAAGGAGAUCCUCUCUCGCCUAUCCUGUACAAUCUGGCCUUCGAACCCUUUUUACUGGCAAUCUUGCAUGAUCGUCAAUUUCACGGAUACACGAUGGGUACUGCUACUACCAGGUUAUUGUGUUAUGCGGACGAUGCUUUGGUAUUUGUUCAUGACGCACAGGACCUGUCUCGCUUACAACUUCACAUGUCUCGCUAUUGUGCUGCUUCCAACGCCAAAUUCAACUGUGACAAGGUGCAAGCCUUUUCGGUGUCUGGUCGGGAUACAUGGGACAUUUGGCAAGUUCCGUUAUCGCAUGCCCACAUCACCCAUCUGCAUUCUGUGGAAGAUGAUGAACCUUUGAUAUACCUUGGAUUUCCUCUUGUACAAAGCAGGAUCCAGCGGAUCAACUUUAUGGGUGCAUUGACAACCAAGAUCAAGACGGCCAUCCAGAUCCACUCUGCCCGAUCCCUGUCAGUUGUUGGAAAGGCCACUGUGCUGAAUUCUCUGCUUCUGUCCAAGUUAUGGUACGUUCUACGUGUUACUCCUCUCACCCAGCCCGAUGUCAAGCAGCUGCGGUCACUGGCAAUUUUUUUCUUGAGAAAGAACAUUUUCCCUGUCAUUCCUUGGAAAACAUGGACUCUCCCAAAAGACAAAGGUGGACUGAGUAUUGUCGACAUCCAAACUCAAGCUUCGGCUCUGUAUUUUCGUUGGCUACAUCCGUUGCUGGUAUAUGAUCAAUCUGUCAUUGAUGCCCACCCGGUGUCCUACCUUCUCAGUUACCAUCUACGCAACAAGAAUGGAUACCAGUAUCAUCAUAUUCCGCUCCUCUUCCCCUCUGCUCGUCGCAAUCAGGGUUUGAAAACACAGCGCACUGGAACUGUCGAUAUGUUAUAUCGUGCAGUUGACUAUCUUCCCAAGUCGUAUGAUGCUGCUCGGAUCAAUACUGCUACUGCCAUGGCUGCUCUCCCACUACAGGCUGCCUUCUAUGUCCCUCCAUCCUCCUCACUGGUGGUUCCUCGUCGAGUCAAAGCGAUGAUAGUUUCUGAUGUGUUUCAAUAUGAUGCUCGGCUCAACUUUGUUCACUGUAAAGAUAAUCGUGACCCUUCCCUCCUCAAUUGGAAACGUGCUCCUUCUACAGUGUUCAAAGGUCUUGCGUCUGCCCAGCUGAAAUUUCAACCCUACUUCCAUCCAGUGUGUAGUCCUGAUCCCCUGGUUGAUUCUGAUGUCUCCUUUGCGCCUCUAGUCCAUCAAUUUUGUCUGCACGAUGGCCAACCCCUUGGAAAUGCUCAGGCUUCGGCCAAAACAUGUCGUAAGUCCGUGCUGUCGUCGAUGGAACAACCCUUGGCCUUGCAGAAUGUCUCAGCUUCCCGUUGGAAAUUCUUUUGGUCCCUGUCUCUUACCUACAUUCAACGUAAUGUGAUAUACCGGCUCAUCACAGGCUGUAUCCCUUCUCGAAGCAGGUUACACUACAUGAUGCCUGGAGUCUUCGAGUCUCACAAUUGUCCUGUCUGCUUGUCUCUCAAUGAAACCGCCAGCCACCUGCUCUUUGACUGUCCAUCCAAAGAAAAGGUAUGGCUAGGCGUCAUUUUUGAAUUCCUAUGGCCCACGACGUCCAUCACUGACAUCAAAGAGGCUCUUCUGUCCUUGGACUUUUGGGAUAUCUGGUACUCUCAAGUCAAAGGCAUCCAUCCAUACAGAAUCCUACUCAUCACCCUGUCUCAAAUAUGGCUAGCCCAUAUGCGCUUUGUUUUUGACAACAUCAUCCUUGUCCCUGAGGCGAUUCUGGUGAAUGUCCGCUCUGUGGAAUACAUCCACUAUGAUCUGCAUUCCGACAGUUCAUCCAGUUACCAGAUUUAG